GGGCAGGAGGCGGUGACUGUGAACUUUCGCGAAGCUGGUCGGUCGCCGCCCUUGCCUCCAGCAACACCCACCCAUCCACGGCGAUCUACGGCCUACUCGCUCCUCCCGAAACCCUAGCCCACGCAUCCACCCUACGUCGUCGCCGUCCGCCUCCGCCUCUCCGCCUCCGCCCUCGCCUUCGUCUUGCCGCCUCCACACCCCAAACCCUAGACCCUUGCUGGUGCGGCCGAUGGGCAAACGCGACCGCGAGGAGGUGGACGAGCUCGCCGAUGGGGGCGCCGCCGAGAAGCGCCCGCGCGAGGAGGGCGCGUCGCUGCUAGGGCUCGCGAGUUACGAGGAUGACGAAGAGGAGGAAGCGGCCAGGGGCCAGGCAAAUGGCCAUCGCGCUGAGGGGAACGGGGAGGAGGGCGAGGACGAGGACGACGAGGAGGACGAUGUGAGGAGGGCUCCGGAGAGGCGGCCGAGGCGGGUGGAGCUGCGCCGUGACUGCCCUUACCUCGACACCGUGAACAGACAGGUCCUUGAUUUUGAUUUUGAGAAGUUCUGUUCAAUAUCCUUGUCAAAUUUGAAUGUGUAUGCGUGCUUGGUUUGUGGAAAGUAUUUCCAAGGAAGAGGCUUGAAAUCUCAUGCUUAUACGCACAGUCUUGAAGCAGGCCAUCAUGUGUUCAUUAAUCUUCAAACCGAGAGGGCUUACUGUCUUCCUGAUGGAUAUGAGAUAAAUGAUCCAUCACUAGAAGAUAUUCGCCAUGUUCUGAACCCAAGGUUCACGAAAGAGCAGGUUCUAAAUCUCGACAAGAACAAGCAGUGGUCUAGAGCACUUGAUGGUUCCAAUUAUGUACCCGGAAUGGUCGGUCUUAACAACAUCAAGGAGACAGAUUUUGUGAAUGUCACAAUACAGUCAUUAAUGAGAGUUACUCCUCUGAGAAAUUUCUUUCUUAUCCCUGAAAAUUAUCAACAUAGCAAAUCACCAUUGGUUCAUCGUUUUGGGGAACUGACACGCAAGAUUUGGCAUGCUAGGAACUUCAAGGGGCAGGUUAGUCCCCACGAGUUUCUGCAAGCUGUUAUGAAGGCCAGCAACAAGCGGUUUCAGAUUGGUGUACAGUCAGAUCCUGUGGAAUUUAUGUCAUGGCUCUUGAAUACACUGCAUGCAAAAUUAAAAAGUUCAAAGAAGAAAAACAGAAGCAUAAUACAUGAUUGCUUUCAGGGAGAACUUGAAGUUGUUAAGGAAGUUCACAGGAAGCAUAUAAUGGAAAAAAAAGAAGAUGGUGCUGAGCUCAAUGGUGAUGCAGGUUCAGCGGUUGGAGCAGCAGAUGGUACUGUCAUGGAAACAUCUAAGGUCCCAUUCUUGAUGCUCGGUCUUGACCUGCCCCCUCCACCUCUUUUCAAAGACGCCAUGGAGAAAAAUAUCAUCCCACAGGUACCGUUGUUUAACAUACUGAAGAAGUUUGAUGGUGAGACUGUGACAGAGGUUGUCCGCCCAUCCAUUGCUCGGAUGAGGUACCGUGUCACUAGACUUCCGAAGUAUCUGAUCCUUCAUAUGCGACGGUUCACUAAAAAUAACUUCUUCGUCGAGAAAAACCCUACUCUAGUAAAUUUUCCUGUGAAGAAUUUGGAAUUGAAGGAUUACAUUCCAUUACCCAAGCCCAAAGAAAAUGACAAGCUACGGUCGAAGUAUGACCUUAUAGCAAACAUUGUCCAUGAUGGGAAGCCAGGUGAAGGAUGCUACAGAGUGUUUGUACAGCGGAAAUCAGAAGAGGCCUGGUAUGAGAUGCAGGAUCUCCAUGUUACUGAAACUCUUCCUCAAAUGGUAGCUCUUUCAGAAGCCUACAUGCAAAUAUAUGAGCAGCAUGAAUGAGUCGCAGUGGUCAUCGUGUAGCCUUCCACAGCCAGUGUUUUUGCUUAACAGAGAUCAGAAUGUUGCCAUCUAAUCCUUAUCUUUGGAGCAAUUGUUCGUGGGAAGGAUUUGGUAGUUCCUUUGCACAUGUUCAAUCAAACUUAGCUACUUGAGAAGUAGAGCUUGAGGAACUGUACUAGGCUGCUAUUUUGAUGUUUCGGAGACUGAAACAUCAUGUAUUUUUUUAGAGCUUCUUUGGAUGCCCCGCUGGUAGAGGGAAGUUUCUCUGUCUAUUGUAGUGCAGCCUGUACUCUAUUGUAGUGCAGCCUGUACCUGUUAUAAUCAUUUUGAUUGCAACCGACACAGUACCAAUAGCGUUUGAAGCUGGUAAAGUAAUUUUUAUAUGCAAACCGCACAGAAAAUGAUUAUAUGUCACGGAUGAUGGUAAAUAAAACUUUUAAGAUACCA